AGACAAAUAAAAAGAUAAUCUUAAUGAGACAGCUGUAGGACCUCGCAGCAAAGCAGAUGUCUGUCCCUCUCUCUCUCUCUCCUCUCUUCCAGAUGACUGUGGAUCAACAUCACCAGCUGCAAGUAUGAAAGUGUGCGGCGAGCUGCUCGUAGAUACGGCCUCAGAGAGGCGGCAGAGGGAGAAGACUGGACGCUGUUUUGGACCGACUACUCCGUGUCUCUGGACCGCGUUAAAGACAUGAAACGAUACCAGAAAAUAAACCAUUUCCCAGGGAUGAGCGAGAUCUGCCGCAAAGAUUUACUGGCGAGGAACAUGAACCGCAUGCUGAAGCUUUUCCCCAAAGACUACAAUAUCUUCCCCAGAACCUGGUGCCUCCCUGCAGAUUACAGCGACUUCCAGGCUUACACCAGGGCCAAAAAAUUCAAAACCUACAUCUGUAAGCCGGAUACAGGCUGCCAAGGAAAAGGCAUCUUCAUCACCAGAUCAAGCAAAGAGAUUCAGCCUGGAGAACACAUGAUCUGUCAGGUGUACAUCUCCCGGCCUCUCAUAAUCGACGGGUACAAGUUCGACCUGCGUAUCUACGUGCUGGUGACAUCAUGCGACCCGUUCAGGAUAUUCAUGUUCAAGGAGGGACUCGCUCGCUUCUGCACCACCAAGUACACCGAGCCGACACACGGCAACGUGGAGGACGUCUGCAUGCAUCUCACCAACUACUCCAUCAACAAGCACAGUGAGAACUUCGUCCGUGAUGAAGACACCGGCAGCAAACGAAAGCUCUCCACGCUGAACAAGCACCUGGAGUCCAACAGCUGCAACACGGAGAAGAUGUGGAACGACAUCGAGGACGUGAUCAUAAAGACUCUGAUCUCCGCCCAUCCCAUCCUGAAACACAACUACCACACCUGCUUCCCCAACCACACGGCCGGCAGCGCCUGCUUCGAGAUCCUGGGCUUCGACGUGCUGCUGGACCACCGGCUCAGACCCUGGGUGCUGGAGGUGAAUCACUCCCCGAGUUUCACCACCGACUCUCAGCUGGACCGCGAGGUGAAGGACGCGCUGCUGUACGACACGCUGGUCCUCAUCAACCUGGGAGCCUGCGACCGUCGCAAGAUCACCAAGGAGGAGCGACGCAGGGUGAAGGACAGACUGCAGCAGAAGAGCUCCAGAGAGGCCAGGUCAGAGGAGCUGCGUCAGUGCCAGGCCGCCACGGUGCAGCAGAUGGAGAAGUACGAGGCCAGACACCUGGGAGGCUUCAAGAGGAUCUACCCGAGAGACGGAGACGAGAAAUACGACAAGUACUUUAAACACAGCAGCUCGCUCUUCCAGGAAACGGCGGCGUCCAAAGCCAGAGAGGAGUGUGCCAGGCAACAACUGCAGGAGCUGCGUCUGAAGCAGGAGCAGAAGGAGCGCGACCAGAAGGGAAAGAAGAGGGAGCUGCAGGGGGAGACAGCGGGGGAGCGAGCCAAACCACGCAGGGCAUCAACUCAACCCCCCAACUCCAGCUCUGACUGCGAGCUGCGGCUGCUCCUCACCGAGCGCUCUCUGACUGACACGCCCGAGGAUCCUAAAAUCCAGGAGGAGAAGCAGGAAGAGCAGGAGGAGCAGCAGCAGACAGAGGAGGAGAAAAGGAGGAAGGAGGAGGAAGACGACGAGAUGGAGGAGAGGGAGCGGGUGGAGGCGCUGCUCCAGAGGAAGAAGCUGCUGCAGGACCUCGGGGUGGUGGACCAGAUACACCAGCUUCUGCAGGGCCGAGGAGGAGGAGGAGGAGGUGGAGGAGGAGGAGGUGGUGGAGGGUUUCUGCAGGACCCCCACCAGCAGAGACAUCAGAUGAAGUUGACGUCUUUGACUCAGUUUUCCCAAAGAAUGAAGCAGCAGCCCUGCACUCAGAUCUCACGGCAGCAGCAGCAGCGUCUGCUCCGGCCCACGCUGGACCACAGGAACCAGAACCAGUACGAUCCGGAGAGCCUCAACACAGUCAUAGAAACACAUCGGACCCUCAGCGCCCAGCGGACGUACUGGCCAGUCAGCGGCUCUCUGGCCGUCCAGCAGGACAGCUGCUCCGACGGCCAGUCCCGUCCUGGAGUCCCCGUCAUAAACCAACACGUCCAUAAAGGACUAGGAGGAGGAGGAGGAGGAGGAGGCCUACGCUGCUCUUACGUGUCCCACGACCCCGCCGGCCUGCAGAGUCUGUUCGUCAUGUCCACCCGCCCCCCUCUGGUCCGAAGGACUGGCUUCUCUCACAUCGUCCGAAACUCUUUCCGCAGAGCUCCGCAGCACGGUAAAGGGCAGUGAGGGAGCACCAACACAAGGACCAAGAAAAGGAACCUGGAUAUAUG